UCUUUCCGUUCUUAUCUCACCUUAUCUUAGCUUUUCUCUGUUUUUUCAGGGUUUUUCGCCAAUUUCUAGGGUUUCAUAUCGUUUCUGCGUUAACAAUGGCGUCCCCUAAAGUAAUUGUUUUGAGGACCUGUGAUGGUGAAACCUUCGAGGUCGAUGAAAGCGUCGUUUAUGUAUCAGAAACUAUUAAGAACAUGAUCGAAGAUGGUUGCGGUGAUGGCGUGAUUCCAUUACCAAACGUCAGUUCCAAGAUUUUCCCGAAGGUGAUCGAGUAUUGCAAGAAACAUGUCUCAGAUUUUGAAUCUUUGAAGAAGACCAGUAAUGGCGACGAGAAAGAGAAAGACAAAGACGACGAUUCUUCGAAGAAAGGGAAAGAAGCUGUCCCAGACGUUGAAGAAGAUGCAGAAGAAAAAGCCAGAGUUGAGGAACUGAAGGAAUGGGAAACGACGUACAUGGACAUUGAUCAACAGGUACUUUUUGAUCUCUUGCAAGCUGCAAAUUAUCUGAACAUUAAGGGUUUGUUGCUAAUGGCUGCGGAGAAGGCAGCGAGUAUGAUUAGGGGGAAGACUCCGGAGCAGAUUCGAGAGACUUUUAAUAUUAAGAACGAUUUUACUCCAGAAGAAUAUGAAGAGGUCAGGAGAGAGAAUGCCUGGGCUUUCGAAUAAGCAAGUAAUGAUAAUGGGAUUUGGGUUUUAGGUUAGUGGGAAGGGCUUGAAGUUUGUUUUUGUUUUCAGUAAUUUGUUUGUUGGUUUAGUUAUUUAGUAUUUAGUUCAGAAUGUGUUUUGACUUGUUGGGUUUCUAUUUCACUGCAAUACUUGCUUAAAUUCAGUAGAUUGAAAGAAUUUUUUUUUUGGUAAAGAGUAGAUUGAAAGAUUUGAUCUCACAAAA